AUGGCGAUGCGGCUGUGGGCUUCCUCUAUGGCCAAUGCCCUCGGCGUCUCCCGCGCCGUCGCCGGCGCCCCUCUCCACCCCCCCUUCGCCUUCUCCCGGUGCUUCUCCUCCGGUACUCUCUCUCUCUCUCUCUCUCUCUCUCUCUCUCUCUCUAUAACUUGGUGGGUUACGCGCAGUUCUGGAGGGGCUGAAGUACAGCGCCAGCCACGAGUGGGUGAAGAACGACGGAGGCGUCGCAACGGUCGGCAUCACCGACCAUGCCCAGGUGGAUAUCCUCUCCGACCCUUUCCUCCUCCCGUCUUGGUCAUGAAUCUUUCCGCCGCCGCCUUCCCUCUGAGAUUUCUCUGUUGUGUUCUCCUCGCCGGCGGCGGUCAGGACCAUCUCGGGGACGUGGUGUUCGUGGAUCUGACGGAUCCCGGGGCCGCCGUCUCCAAGGGUGAUUCCUUCGGGAGCGUCGAGAGCGUAAAGGCCACCAGCAGCGUCGACUCCCCCGUCUCCGGCGAAAUUGUAGAGAUCAACACCAAGCUGAAGGAAACCCCCGGCCUGGUAAACCCCCGCCUUCUUCUCUGGCGCAACCGACGGCCCCGCCGGCUGGAAAUAAUCUCCCAUUCUCGGCUCCUCCGCAGGUGAACAGCAGCCCCUACGAGGACGGCUGGAUGAUCAAGGUGAAGCUCAGCGACCCGUCGGAGCUGGACUCCCUCCUGGACCCUGCCAAGUACACCGAACACUGCGAGGCCGAGGACGCCGCUCACUAG